ACCAUAUCAUCAUCCACCAUAUCAUCAUCCACAAUAUCAUCAUCCACCAUAUCAUCAUCUACCAUAUCAUCCACCAUAUCAUCAUCCACCAUAUCAUCAUCCACAAUAUCAUCAUCAUCCACCACAUCAUCAUCAACCAUAUCAUCAUCCACCAUAUCAUCAUCCACUAUAUCAUCCUUCAGCACCCCUUCCCUGAGGUUUAGUCGUAGACCGAUAUUGUCUAUUUCUAGCGUGUCAACGUCUGUCAAUGUCUAG